AUGAUUUGGAUCUAUCAGACUUUUCAUUUCAUUUUCUUACUUUCUUCUGUUUAUAGCGAAUGUGUGACUCAGAUCUAUGAAAAUACGUACUUCCAAGGAGGAGAUCUCACUACAGUUUUUACACCUAGUGCCAAUUACUGCCAAGUAGUGUGUACUUACCAUCCUACCUGUCUGCUCUUCACCUACUUGCCAGCAACAUGGACUAAAGAUCCUGCAAAAAGGUUUUCCUGCUACUUAAAAGACAGCGAUGCAGAAAUGCUGCCGAAAGUGGAUAUGGAAGGAGCUAUCUCUGGACAUUCCUUAAAACAGUGUGACAUCCAAAUUAGUGCUUGCAGCCCAGAUGUCCACAUAGGACUGGAUAUGGAAGGGAAAAUUUAUGAUGUCACUGUGGUUGACAGCUAUCAACAGUGUCAAAAAAGAUGUACCAAUGACAACCAUUGUCAUUUUUUUACGUAUGCCUCAGAAACAUUUCACAGUGUCAACUUUCGUAAAAAAUGCUUCUUGAAGCAUACCCGUGUAGGAACUCCAACAAGCAUAAAGGUGCUUGAUGAGGUUGCAUCUGGAUUCUCCUUAAAGCCAUGCCAGCUUUCUGAAUUAGAUUGUCAAAUGGACAUUUUUGAAGAUCAAGAAUUUUCAGGAAUGAAUAUUACAAGUUUUUUCACUCCUGAUAUCUCUGUCUGCCAAACUAUUUGUACAUAUUUUCCAAAGUGCUUGUUCUUUACAUUCUUUACCAGGGAAUGGCAAAUAGAAUCCCAAAGAAAUCUUUGCCUUCUGAAGACAUCAACAAGUGGGAUACCAGAGGCACUUAUAUCACGAGAAAAUGCUGUAUCAGGCUUUGGUCUCCGAAAUUGCAGAAGAUCCUUUCCUGCCUGCAAUUCUCGCACUUACAUGGAUAUGAAUUUUUUGGGAGAUGAACUCAAUGUCACUUACACUAAAGGACACAGAGCCUGUCAGCAAGUUUGCACAGACACGAUCCGCUGCCAAUUUUUUACCUAUUUUCCCCUCCAAGAUUCAUGCAAUGAGGACAGAAAGUGUCAGUGUCACCUAAGAAUGUCCUCAAAUGGAUCUCCAGUGCAAAUAGUGCAUGGGCCAGGAAGGAUCUCUGGAUACUCACUAAGGCUAUGUAAAAAAAAAGCCAGUACUGUGUGCAUGCAGCAUUCUGCACGAACCAUUAGGAUCAUUGGAGGGAGAGACUCUUCCCCCGGUGAGUGGCCGUGGCAAGUCAGCUUGCACGUGAAGUUGUCUCGUCAGAGACACCUCUGUGGGGGCUCUAUUAUCAGCAACCGGUGGAUUCUUACAGCUGCUCACUGUGUCAUGAGUCUUGAGAAUCCCAACAUUUGGCGUGUUUAUGCUGGUAUUUUAAAGCAAUCGGAAAUAAACAAGGAUACGCCCUUCUUCAAAGUGGAGGAGAUUAUUGUUCACCCUCAGUAUAGAUAUGCACAGACCGGAUACGACAUUGCUUUAAUGAAACUUGAUAAGCCUAUGAAUUUUACUGAUCUUCAACUACCUAUUUGCCUGCCAUCAAAAGAAGAUGCUAACAUACUUUAUACUGACUGUUGGGUAGUUGGAUGGGGUUACAGAAGAGAAAAAGGUCGUGUACAAGAUAUUCUUCAAAAGGCUACCAUUCCGCUCAUGUCAAAAGAGGAAUGCCAGGCAAAGUACCGGAAGCGCAGAAUAGGUGACAAAGUCAUCUGUGCUGGCUAUGAUGAAGGUGGAAGGGAUGCUUGUAAGGGAGAUUCAGGAGGCCCGCUGUCGUGCCGGCAUGAGGAGGUGUGGUAUCUGGUGGGCAUCACCAGCUGGGGUGAAGGCUGCGCUCGCCCCAGGCAGCCAGGGGUCUACACAAAAGUUGCAGAGUUUUCUGACUGGAUUCUAGAAAAAACUACAUAG